GUUGUGUGUCUGCAGACCAGGUGGAGCUCCAGCUCCAGAGGCCCAUGGCCCCCGUUUCCCUCCACCAGUGAGAGGUGUGUCAAGCUGGCCUCCCCGGCCCCAGACCCGGACCCGGACCCGGACCCAGAGCCCGAUCAGCACCGCACCAACGAGGAGCAGUAUGUGAGCGAGGCCGAGUCCAGCCAGCUUGACACCCACCCGGCACCGCCCGAAUGCAGGGACGCUGAGACCAUCACAGAUGUGUGCAACAGCACUGACCUGCCGGAGUUUGAGAUCAUCAGCCUUCUGGAGGAGCAGCUGCCGGUGUAUCGGCUGCGGGCCGACACCGUCUACGGCUACGACCACGAUGACUGGCUGCACACGCCCCUGGUGGCACCGGACGCCCGGCUCGACCUGACCAACGAGCAGAUUGAAGAGACACUCAAAUACUUCUUGCUAUGUGCCGACAGAGUGGGCCAGAUGACGAAGACCUACAAUGACAUCGACGCUGUCACCCGUUUGCUGGAAGAGAAAGAGAGAGACCUGGAGCUGGCGGCGCGGAUCGGCCAGUCGCUCCUCAAGAAGAACCGCACUCUGACGGAGCAGAAUGACUACCUGGAGAUACAAGUGGGGCAGAUCACAGAGGAGGUGGCGCAGCUGCACCACGAGCUGAACCUGAAGGACGAGCUGCUGCAGUUCUACACCACCGCCGCCGAGGAGAGCGAGGACGAGUCCGGCGGCUCGCCGACCGGCAAGAAAGGCAACGCGGAGGCAGCGUCCGGGGGCUUCGUGAGCAACACGCUGCAGAGGAAACUCAAAGAGCUGGAGGAGGAGAACCUGUGUCUCCGCUCGGAGGCGAACCACCUGAAGUCAGAGACGGAAACCUACGAGGAGAAGGAGCAGCAGCUCGUCAGUGACUGCGUGAAGGAGCUCAGGUUGUCCAGUCUCCAGAUCUCCGCCAUCGCCGAGGAGUUGGCCCGCAAGACUGAGGACGCCUCCCGACAGCAAGAGGAAAUCACACACCUCCUCUCUCAGAUAGUGGACCUGCAAAAGAAAGCCAAAUCUUAUGCGGUGGAGAACGAGGAGCUGUCUCAGCACCUGAUGGCGGCUAAAGAUGCCCAAAGGCAGCUGACGGCGGAGCUGCAGGAGCUGGAGGAGAAGUACUCGGAGUGCAUCGAGAUGCUGCACGAGGCCCAGGAGGAGCUGAAGAACCUGAGGAACAGGAGCUACCCCGCAGGAAGCCUCCGCCGCUACCACCCCGUGGGGCUGUACCCGAUGGAUUCACUGGCUGCUGAGAUCGAGGGGACCAUGAGGAAGGAGUUGAGUCUGGACGAUCCGGAGUGCGAGGAGCAGAAGAGCCACCGUAAGCGCGUUUUUGAGACGGUUAAGAACGUCAACCAGACGGUGCGGCAGCGUUCACUGACUCCGACCAGCGGCAACAUCCCCGGCUCCAACCAGUCUCUGUCUGCGCGGACGUCGCCCUCGUCCAGCGGCCUGUCCACGCCUCGCUCCGGCCUGUAUGGAGGCGACGGGACCGGAGACGGCGUUGCCCUUGACAACCGGACACAGAGCAUCCUGCUGGAGACGGCGUCCAAUCAGGAUAGCAACGCAGACGGCCGAGACAAGAAGACGAGCGGGGCCGAGGAUCUGCGCGUGGCCCUGCGGCGCCUUUCUCUGCGUCGGCAAAACAACCUCAGCGAGAGGCGCUUCUUCGAAGAGGAGAGAGAGCGGCGGCGCGGACGCGGCGGACUGCAGGAGGCGCCGGGCCACGAGGGCGCGCUGACGCCCUCCGAGAGCAUCAUGUCCCUCGGCGGCCUCCACCUGUGGGCCUCGCGGGGGCCCUACCUCCCAGACAAACUGCAGAUCGUCAAGCCGCUCGAAGGCUCUGCCACCCUGCACCACUGGCAGCAGUUAGCGCAGCCUCACCUCGGCGUCAUUCUAGACGCCAGACCCGGAGUCGUGUCGAAGGGCUACAGACCCCUUGAGCUCGAGCUGGAGCAGGUGUAUCCAUGGGGCGGCUUCGAGGAGGACGAACCGGGCGAGCAGUACUUCCAGAACCUGCCCACCUCCUCGGCCUCCGCCACCCCGGCCGUGCCCCCCCCGCCCGGCAGCGGGGACCCCGCCCCCGCGGCCAGCGUCGCCCCGUCGGCCCCUCCCUCUCCAUCGCCGUCGCCGCAUCUGAGCAACACCGACGCCCUGGCUGCGUACUACCCGGGCAAAUGCAUGGCCCACACCAGCUCCACGUACACGUUCACCACCUGCCGCAUCCUCCAUCCCACCGACGAGCAGACGCGGGUCACGCCGAGUCUGAACCCAGUGCCAGCGUCUUCGUCCUGUGUGAUGACCAGCACCCUGUUGGCCACUCCAGCCGCUACUCCCUGCACCCCCCACAGGCUCAGUCUCAGGCCCUCCGAGUCCUCCACCAACCUCAGAGAUGCAACACGCACCACCAGCACCUCCCUGGGGUUAGUGCGCCUCCUCCAGGAGCGGGGGAUCUCGGCAGCGGUGUACCACCAGAGCCAGGGCCUGGAUCAGGGUCCGAGCAGCGGAGGCGUCCUGUUCAGCACCUCCAUCGCCCCGAACCGAGCGCCCGACCCAGACCCCCUGCGUCCCUCCACCCCUCCCAACUCCCCGACGGGCCAGGGAGCCGCGCCCACCCCCGCGGGCUUCGACUUCAAGAGCCCUUCCUACGACAACUUCCUGGCCUCCAAACCGGCGCGCUCCAUCCUGAAGGAGGUGACGGGGGGCUUGCGGGGCCGGCAGAGGGGGCGGGACUGCGAGAGCCAGACGGAUGUCAGUGUGACUGUCCACAACCUCAACCUGCUGGAUAAGGUGAAGCGGCUCGGCGUGGCUGGAGCUCCGGGGGCCAGGGCGAUGAGCGCGGGGCCCAUGCUCGGCCCCCUGGGUGGGCUGCGCAGGUCCGGCUCCCCCUUUGGGCCCGAUGGGCUACGGAGAAACCGUAGCUACCCAGCCAUGGUCGGGGCCAGCAUGGCCAUGAAGGGCCCAGGGCCCCAGGAGUAGGGGCCCUGACUGUCGGCCGUCAGGGGACAGGAGCCAGGCAGGACCGAGGCUGCUGAGCAGUCACCUGGAGCCCAAACACUGACUCUCACUGUUCAUAAUGGACCACGUGGCACCACUUUCUAAUCAACAGGGAGGUUUCACACUGUCACUGAGCUUUAUAGUGCUUUAAAAAGUAGCAGACCACGCUUUAAUUAAAGGCAAAAGCCCUUAAAGGAUUGAUUCCACCAAACUCCAGUAACAUGAAACACAUUUCCCUUCGUUUUGCGUGUAAUCGACAAACGACACAAUAAAGUUCCCAGUGAAAAUAUUCAUGCUACACUAUAAAUAAAUAGUGUAGCAUGAAGACAUAAACGUUGAUAUUGAGUUUUGAAGUUUUGAACCCAACUAGUGUUGAGAAGCGUCAGAGUGUUUAAAUGGGGAAACAGAAAAUCAGUUCAGUGUCCGUUAAUUCCAUGUAAGUGGGUAAAGUGAUGCUAUAAAAAGAGAUCUGCUGAUGAUUCUUGCCAGAUUAAAAUCCCAAAUUGUCGCUGUCCACUCACAUCCCGUUUGGAGACUGGCUCUGCUGGCUGGACACAGUACUCCCACUGUGGCACACAGAACCCAUCACACAUCCAGAUGUUGCACUUGUUGUCUAGCAGUAGUUGUAUCACCGGACUGAGGUUCAUGUUUAAAACCCCAAAUAGAGAAAGACACAGCUUCUUUCUUUCGAUUCUCCCUCUGGAAGUGAUUAGAGGCUGAUAAGUCAAUUCCAAUUUUAUGUCAGUAUUGAAAAUAUUUUUCGUUUAGACUCCUAAUUGGCCAUUAGACAGGGGAAGUUGAUGUUGCUUCUACUGAACUGGACGGAUCAAUACGCUGAAGAGGAGAGAGACGGGAAUAAAGCAAAUGAUGGGAGUUAAUUUGCGGUCACAGGCUUUGGGACGUUUCGCUGAACUGAAGCAAUAUAGUGCCUCCACUGUCUGUUUAUGAAGCUGUCGCAUCUGUUCUAUUUAUUAUUUUACUUCCUGCUGUGCUUUUACAGGGUUUUUCAUGUCCAUACUUGCUAUAUAUCCCUGUUUGUCCUGUGUUAUAUGGCCCAGUUAUAACACAGCAGUUAUGUGGAGCCAUAACCUGCAGUCACACAUCACUGUAAGCGUUGGAGAGCAUGUAAUCAGGCGUUUUCCAAAUAAAAAAAUCAAUCAAAUCAAAA